AUGGCAGAACUCGCAUUAGGCAUCGUUGGCGUGGUACCAGUCGUCGGCUUUGUCCUCCAGUCAUGCAAGGUCGUUUCGAAGACGUUGCACGACUUCCGACACUGUUCAGCCAUCAUCAAAAGAGCCCAAACUAGUUUCACAAUUCAGGAUCGAAUCUUCAAGAACGAAUGUCAAGUUUUACUGCGGCUUGUGUGUCAAGACCUUGACACAAUCGAUGAGAUGUUGGACGACCCCGACCACCCCGAAUGGACGAGCAAGGAUCUGGACCGGGAGAUCAUCGAGUGGCUGGGCAGCAACUACAACGCAUACUUGUACGCAGUGAAGGCCUGUUCAGAGGAGAUAGAGAGACUCCGAGAGCAUUGUAAGGAGUUUGAAGUCGUGUAUGCUCAGCAACAGACAGGCGAACGACUGAAGGCCACUAUCAGGCGCCUCAUAAAGGUACAAAAGAGUUUCAAAAUUGCCAUCAACGACACCGAGUAUUGCCGGCUCGUGGAGAACUUGAGAGAGUCUACUGGGGCCCUUCACCUGCUCAGGACACAGAUCCAGGAUCUUGAGGAAGGAAGAACAUUGAUACGCGUCAAGAAAAGAUCGCCGCCGCUCGGUGAAUGGGCAGGUGUACUAGAAACGCGCCGCGUAUCGCAAGCACUCCAUAGGGCGCUUUCAGAGGCCUGGAACUGUGGACAGGCAGUUCACGAGAACCAUCGUGUGAAGCUCUUUGCCGAAGGUGAGCUCGAUCACAACGAGAUCCAGCUUAGCCUAACGCUCGCCUGUCGGGGAAACACUCAGGAGCCGGGUUUCAGCACAUUAGCGGGACUAGUCGUGCGAUCCCAGACUCUGAGUCGUUCCGAGCAUCCGCCUAUGUUGCCGCCAGCAGGCGAGGAGGCACCGACAGCGGCCAAGGGAGUAAGAGUGACUCAGUUCAACGAAACGGCUCUCUCGGUAAUUGCAAAUGACGUCGGACUUCAUCGAACAGACCCUCAUCGACUAUCUUGUGAUCUUCGUAGUACCAAAGACUUUUGCCGAGAAUUGACACAGGGGGCCCAGCCGGCGUCGCCAAAGGCUGUGGCAGCAUGUAUCGGCCAUCUCGACGUCACUACGGAUCCAGGUUAUCGGCACUCAUUCUUCCCAGGUCUCCGGGAUAUUGUCUGCCGUAGUCAAGCGGUGGCUCUUUCACAGAUACUCAAUCCUUCAACACGGGACUCUAUUUCUAUUCUUGACAAGCUCAAGCUUGCCCGGUCUCUUGUUCUAGUGAUUCUGAGGUUCCAUUCAACGCCAUGGCUCAGCGACUUAUGGAGACUGCAAGACCUCUCGAUCUUCUCACAGAGUCAAGGGGACUUGUCAAAAGCACUCGAGACACUACAUGUAGGCGUUGGGCUAAUGCAGAAGAACACCGACCGACAAGGAGCUGAUUUUGCAGAAGGCUUCCGGGUAGCAGCAAGCUACCAGAGCACAGGAGUCGGUUAUGACCAGCUCCUCUGUGGUGUUGAUAAUCUCAGCUUACACAGCCUCGGAGUGGCGUUGAUCCAAGUUGAUAAGUGGCAAAUGCUUGAAGUCGAGACCCCGGACGACAUUGUCAAGGUCCGACGAAUGUCAAGGCAAGGCUUUUCUCUCGGACCGCAGUACGGCGAGAUUACAAGGAAUUGUCUUCGCUGUGACUUUGGCCAUGGCUACGACUUGACCAAAGCGAAAUUGCAGGAAGCAGUGCAUAACAACAUAGUCGGCGUGUUGGAGGAGAUGAUAGCUGUCUUAGAUCUCAGUGAGGAGAAUGACAGUUCUUUCUGA